AUGUCUACAACUCCCUCACCACCCGGAAGUACCCAGUCGGAGGAUUCAAACGAUUCCGCAACAUCGGGAUUCUCAUCAGAAAUCACACCCAAAGACCGUGCCGAAUACAAACCUGUUGAGUACAUGACUCAGAACAGUUUCUACAAGAUUACAUCACAUGGAGUUGAAGAUAUACUAAGUGACACCUCGUACAGCGUGAACGAUAAUGCUUUUCAAAUGUGUAAACCUGAGGUCAUCUCCAUUCCACAUUUAGUCCAGGACCACAAUUCUCGUGACUCCAGUGCUUUUACUAUUCAGGAUAUACUUGGUCUCCAACAGUCAUAUAACACAGGGAGCGCUCAAGAGGAUAUGCAAAGAUACGAAUACCAAAUACCGCAGUACGAUAAUAUUAGUAACAGCUCAAAUAACUACGCGGAUACAGAAGAUGUAAUCUCCGAUGAUUAUAUGCAUAAGAAUGACGUGUAUGUAACUCAUAUUGAAAUGGAGGAACAGGCCUUUAACAAUAAUUAUUCCAACGAUCUACGAUGCCAGCACCGAAUCAAUUUAAGCAGCGAUGUUGUAAAAGAUCCUGAAGACAAAACUAAUGAAGUAAACGAGUCCAAUUUCCCAAGACAGAGUGACACAUGGUGUGAUAAAGCUCUGCUUAACAGCUCUUCUAUUGGUGUAACGUCUUCCCUAACUAACGAUAAUAUGUCUAGUGAUUCCUAUCAGAAAGGAUUCACAAAAAGAGCAAGGACUGCGUACACAAGUUCGCAGUUGGUCGAGCUUGAAAAUGAAUUCCAUCAGAAUCGCUACUUGUGCCGCCCUCGUCGUAUUGAACUGGCAAACUUCUUACAACUAUCCGAGAGACAAAUCAAGAUAUGGUUUCAAAACAGACGCAUGAAAUACAAGAAAGACAAUAAACAUAACAAGCCAUCGUCAUCCGUGGACGACAGCAACCCGUCCACGAGUUCUAAGGAAAUGUCACCGAGCCAUCAAGAUCACAAACUGAGUCACGGAAGAAGUUGUGGAGGACAUGACAGACAUAGGCGAUUAUUGACUGAAGGUCACGGAAGCCACCAUAAGAUUUAUCUUACCAAUGAGACAGUUGCAAGACCUCCUGAAUACCAACAGCUGAACUUGAAAUCUGUGAUUAAAAACUCUCAAAAUGCAAUCGACUUGCCAUCCUACACACCGAACUUAACUUAUUCGACGUAUUACGCGGGAAACACUGUAGGCAGGGCGUCUUACUCAUCGAUAGCUGAAGUGUAUCGCUACAAUGGCGAUGAAUCAUUGCAACCGAAUUCUAGCACUAUAAUGCCAUCAGACAGUUAUGUACCUAACGGGAUAAGCACAAAGUUGGGCGACGACGUGUCGCGCUAUCCUACAAGUGCGACAUCGUACUAUAAUUCUUUAUCUACAAGUGUCAUGAUGCCGCCUCCCACUUCUGACGUUUAUGCAUAUACAUCGAGUCUUCCUUCGUUGCCGCAUGCAUAUGACGAUACUCAAAAUAGACAAUCAGGUAUUUCUUUGCCCCAGGAUGCAUUCUUCGCUUAUCUACCAACCACAGAUACAACUAGUCAAACUACGACUUCUGGUACUAAUAAGUUUUCAUCUUCAUACAUAUCGCUAUAA